AUGAACUUGAGGAUGUCCAUGGUCAAGUUGGCCCAGCUGUACAUUAAAGAAAUUGUGAGAUUGCAUGGGGUGCCUUCGAGCAUUGUAUCAGACAGAGAUCAACGGUUCACUUCACAGUUUUGGCAGACGCUACAGAGUGCCUUGGGUAGCAAGCUCACCAUGAGUUCAACCUAUCAUCCUCAGACCGAUGGUCAGUUUGAGAGGAUGAUUCAGUCACUUGAGGAUCUAUUGCGUACGUGCAUAUUGGAUCAUCUAGGGGCGUGGGAUGAAGUGUUGCCUCUGAUAGAGUUCACAUACAACAACAGCUUCCAUGCGAGUAUUGGCACGGUGCCAUAUGAGGCUCUAUACGGCAGGAAGUGUAGAACUCCCCUAUGCUGGUAUCAGGAUGGGGAAGCAGUGCUUGUCGGACCAGAGUUGUUGGAGCAGACUACUGAGAAGGUAAGGAUGGUGAGAGACAGGAUGCAGGCAUCUCAUAGUAGACAAAAGGCUUACGCUGACCGUAUGAGGAGACCUUUAGAAUUCGCGGCCGGAGAUCAUGUGUUCCUGAGGUUGAGGAAGUAUGUGUUUGAUCUGGCUCAUGUGUUAGAGGCUGAGGAUAUACGAAUCCGAGAGGACCUCACUGUAGAAGUACCGCCAAUCGCGUUAGAGGAUAGAAAAGUUGAGGAACGUAGGGAAAAACCGUUAGGGUUUCAUGGUAACCCAUUUCUUAGUUCUAUUCCAUUAUUUCUUUCAGCUCUUCAGUUCGUUCAUAGAGUUGUUGCGCUCUCUACGCUUGGCUGCCAAAGCCCCUUUUUAACCCCUUUCCAGUAUUUGUAUGGAUUGUACGUUGUUAUGGAUAUGUGGGAUGCCUUGUGUGACUGUUUGGAUUCGAAAAUGAGACUACUACAGGUCAGAAUAGGGACGGGAACUGAUAAUCUUGCCCAGGCCAGUGAGGCUCGCCUAAGCAAGACUGGUAGAGGCUCACCCAGGCCUUCUGCGCGAGCUGUCGCUCAGGCGGGUGGUCCUUGUUUUGAGCGAGAGAAUGCCUCCUUAGAUUCAAACCAAGAAGGAGGGGCAGGCAUUAGUCCCAUUCAAAUGCAAGCUCUUACUCAACAUCUUGAAAGAUUACUCCGACAAGCCAAUGAUGAGAUACAUGAGAGAAUUGAUAGGUUGGAGAAUGAUGGAGUAACAAGAAGAGGUGUAAGGAGGCAAGAAACAAGGGUGGCGAGAUAUGAUGAAGAAAGGAGGAAUAGGGAGCAGUGGAGCAAUCCUCUCCAAGGAAUUAAACUAAACAUUCCCUCUUUUGCAGGAAAGAAUGAUCCCGAAGCUUACUUUAAUUGGGAGCUCAAGAUGGAGAAUGUGUUUGAUUGCGGCAACUUUGAGGAGGAACAAAAGGUGAGGUUGGCAGCAUCCGAAUUCUCACACUAUGCAUUGAUUUGGUGGCACAAGCUUCAAAGGGAGAGGCAAAGAGAUGGAGAUCCACCAGUAGACACAUGGGAGGAAUUGAGGAGGCUCAUGAGGAGGAGAUAUGUCCCUGCAUCCUAUCAAAGGGAUAUGAAGUUUAAGCUUCAAAGAAUUACUCAAGGAAGCCGAAGUGUGGAGGAUUACCACAAAGAGAUGGAGAUGUUGAUGAUCCAAGCUAAGCUUGAGGAAGAUCCUGAGGUAACAAUGGCUAGGUUCAUUAAUGGGUUGAAUAAUGAUAUCCGUGAUGUGGUUGAGUUGCAGGAGUUUGUGGAGAUGGAGGAUCUUCUCCAUAAAGCCAUCCAAGUAGAAGAGCAACUCAAAAGGAAGGGAGCUUCAAGGAGAAUGGCGUCGUCUUCUACUUAUGGGUGGAAGGACAAGGCUAAGAGGGAGGGAUAUAAGUCAUCACCCUAUUCGGCCAAGGGAGAGACCGGUUCGGCCAUGAGUACCAAGGCCACCAAAGAAGCGGAUCCUAAGCCUUCUAAGGGCAAUGAAGCUGUACCAAAAAGAACUAGAGACAUUACAUGCUUCAAAUGCCAAGGCAAGGGGCACUAUGCAUAUGAAUGUCCUACCAAGAGGACUGUGGUGAUUAGAGAUGAUGGAGGAUAUUCUAGUGAGUCAGAUGCAAAUGAAGAAUCUGAAGGAGAGGAGGAUGAGGAUGUUGGACCAGAAAUGAACGAGAAGGGAUUGUUGAUGGUGAGGAGACUAUUAGGAUCUCAUAUACAAGCCAUGGAUGAAAGCCAAAGGGACAACAUUUUCCACACUAGGUGUAUUGUCCAAGGGCAACUUUGCAUGGUGAUUGUGGAUAGUGGGAGUUGCGCUAAUGUGGCUAGUACAAGGCUAGUAUCCAAGUUGAAUCUUCCUACCAAGCCUCAUCCUAGACCUUACCGUUUGCAAUGGCUAAGUGAUGAAGGAGAAAUUAAAGUGAAGCAGCAAGUGGAGGUGGCCAUAGUCAUUGGGACUUAUUCUGAUGUGAUUUCAUGUGAUGUGGUGCCUAUGGAGGCGUGUCAUCUAUUGUUGGGGAGACCAUGGCAGCAUGACCACAAGACCAUCCAUGAUGGAUUCUCCAACAAGAUCUCUUUUACACAUCAAGGAAAGAAGGUGGUGCUUAAACCUUUAAGCCCACAAGAGGUGUGUCAUGAUCAAGUGAGGUUGAAAGAGAAAAUCAUGAGAGAAAAGAAAGUUGAGAGUGGGAGCGUGAUAGCAAAGGAGAGGGAAGUGAGGAAGGUGUUGUUAGCACGGCAACCCUUAUAUAUGCUUAUAUGCAAACCUGUUUUGAAUACUAACCCUGAAUUUCCCACUUCCUUGCCAUCUUCUAUUUCUUCUAUUUUGCAGGAAUUCAAGGAUGUAUUCCCCUCGGAUUUGCCUAGUGGAUUACCACCAUUGAGGGGAAUAGAACAUCAAGUGGAUUUGAUACCUGGAGCCACCAUUCCAAACAGGCCAGCGUAUAGGAGCAAUCCCGAGGAGACCAAGGAGAUACAAAGGCAAAAAGAUGGUUCUUGGCGCAUGUGUAGUGACUGUAGAAGUGUGAAUAGCAUUACCAUUAAGUAUAGGCAUCCCAUUCCUAGACUUGAUGAUUUACUUGAUGAAUUGCAUGGUGCACAAGUGUUUUCAAAAAUUGAUUUGAAAAGUGGAUACAACCAAAUUAGGAUUAGAGAAGGAGAUGAAUGGAAAACUGCUUUCAAAACCAAAUUUGGGUUGUAUGAGUGGCUGGUUAUGCCAUUUGGAUUAACUAAUGCACCAAGCACAUUCAUGAGGUUGAUGAAUCAUGUUCUACGAGAUUUUAUAGGGCAUUUUGUGGUAGUGUAUUUUGAUGAUAUUCUGAUCUAUAGUGCUGAUUUGGACUUGCAUGCUCAACAUUUGCAUUCUGUGUUAUCUGCUUUGAGACAUGAAAAGUUGUAUGCUAAUCUUGAGAAAUGCAUGUUUUGUCAAGACCAUGUGGUAUUUCUGGGUUUUGUGGUGAGUUCAAAAGGGGUAGAAGUUGAUCAAUCCAAAGUGAAGGCCAUACAAGAGUGGCCAACACCCAAAUCCGUGAGUGAUAUUAGGAGUUUUCAUGGCCUGGCUAGUUUCUAUAGGAGAUUUGUGAGAGAUUUCAGCACCUUGGCAGCCCCCUUAAAUGAGUUAGUGAAGAAAAACGUGAGCUUCAAGUGGGGGGAAAAACAAGAGAAAGCUUUCCAAACUCUUAAGCAAAGACUAGUGAGUGCACCCAUCCUAGCAUUGCCCAAUUUUUCCAAAUCCUUUGAGAUAGAGUGUGACGCUUCUGGCAUAGGUAUAGGAGCUGUUCUACUUCAAGAAGGCCAUCCCAUAGCAUACUUUAGUGAAAAAUUGAGUGGAGCAGCCUUGAAUUACUCUACCUAUGACAAGGAACUCUAUGCCUUAGUGAGAGCCCUCAAAACUUGGCAACAUUAUCUUUUUCCCAAGGAAUUCGUUAUCCAUAGUGACCAUGAGUCUCUUAAGUAUCUCAAGGGUCAAGGUAAGCUUAAUACAAGACAUGCCAAAUGGGUUGAAUUCUUAGAGCAAUUUCCAUAUGUCAUUAAGUACAAGAGAGGGAAAGGAAAUGUGGUUGCGGAUGCCCUAUCUAGGAGACAUGCGCUAAUAUCUAUGGUUGAGACCAAGUUGUUGGGUUUGGAAGUGUUGAAGGGGUUGUAUGAGGAGGAUAAAGAGUUCGGCCAAAGGUACAAGGAGUGUGAAAAGAUGGCCAAGGAUGAGUACUAUAGAUUUGAGGGGUUCUUGUUUAGAGCAAAUAGGCUAUGUGUUCCUCAAUCUUCCAUUAGAGAACUCUUAGUGAAGGAAGCACAUAGAGGGGGGUUGAUGGGUCAUUUUGGAGUGCUUAAAACUUAUGACAUCUUGCAUGAGCAUUUCUAUUGGGUUAACAUGAAAAAGGAUGUAGCCAAACUGUGUGAGUCAUGCAUUGAGUGUAGACAAGCUAAGUCUAAAGUUCUUCCCCAAGGUUUAUACACUCCUCUUCCUGUUCCUGAACACCCUUGGGUGGAUUUGUCCAUGGAUUUUGUGCUUGGUUUGCCUCGAUCAAGUACUGGCCGAGACUCCAUACUAGUUGUUCAUUCUCCUUUUGAGGUAGUGUAUGGGUUUAAUCCUUUAUCUCCACUUGAUUUAUUACCUGUGCCUAACAUUUCUGUGUUUAAGCAUACUGAAGGACAGGCAAAGGCAGAGUUUGUGCGGAAGCUUCAUGAGAAAGUUAAAGAUCAAAUCACCACGAAGAAUGAGAGCUACGCAAAACAAGCUAACAAAGGUAGAAGGAGAGUUGUGUUCCAACCAGGAGAUUGGGUGUGGGUACACAUGAGGAAAGAGAGAUUUCCCGAACAAAGGAAAUCCAAGUUGCUGCCUAGAGGAGAUGGACCAUUCCAAGUCUUGGAAAGGAUCAAUGACAAUGCUUACAAGAUCCAAAUGCCAGGUGAAGAUGGUUCGGCUUUGAAGAAAAAUGGUUCGGAUUUGGAGACCAAUCCUGUUCAAGAGGGAGGGAAUGAUGAGGACAUCUCUCACCAGCCUGGAUCCAAGCUAACCAAAGAAGAGGAGAACUCUCUACAAGGGAUAGGAGGUCCUAUGACGAGAUCCAAGGCCAAGCAAACCAAGGCAACAUUACAAAGGCUAAUUCUAAAUCUCUUAGAAGAUGUGGUCAAGGAUCCUACACAUAAGCUUGUUUACUUGAUCACUUGGAAGGAUGAAGCUAAGGAUGAAGUUGAGCUCCAAAAGGCGUGA